AUGGAACUUGAAGAAAAAGGCAAAGCAAGUGAUAGCCCAGUUCUGGAAAGCUUCGUCUUCAAAGAAGAACUGGUCGGAGAAUACUCGUCGUCAAUACCCGUCGUGGGUAGCCAGGCGGCCACCCAGCCAGCCAGCAAGCCACCCAACUCGCCAACAAGCUAG